CGAUUUUUAAAACGCUAACAGUGAUUGUUUGUUUACAGAAAAGUGAAUUUAGCAGAAAAGUAUUAAACAGUCGCAGAUUUUAGUAUGAAUUCCGCUACAAAAGUGGGGGAAAUCUUCACGGCCGCCGGCGCCGCGUUUAAUCGCUUGGGCGAACUAACGAUGCAGCUGCAUCCGUCGUCAGACUCGCCAACUGGGAGUAAAUGGACAGAUGAAGAAAUAGAAAUGCUCCGCUCGGCUGUGACGCGCUUUAGCGAAGACCUCAACAAAGUCAGCCAACGCAUCAAGGGACGGACGGUAUCACAGAUUCGACAGACACUGAAAAAGAAGGCUUUUGAAGAUGCCGGAAUUCAGAUCAAACAGCAACCCACGCAGCAGCAUCAACUUGCCACAUCGCAACAGCAGCAACCGCAGGCCAUUCUAGUACAACAGCAGCAAAGUGCACAACAACCGAUGGCGAGUGGAACAGAUCAGCAACCGACGCUGGUUGUAAAACAGGAAGAUAGCGAAUCUACGGGGGAUGCAGGCUACCUGAACAAACCUUCGAAUAUGAUGAUGACUCUCAAUCGAUUAAAUGUACAGGAAUCGGAAGCGGACGUCGAAGGACUGGCUGGCUCGGAAGUCAAGCUGGAAUUCGAGCCCGGUGCGGAGGAGGUAGCCGGAUGAGAUGAGGUGGCCUUUUACUUUGGUGUUCCGCCGCGCGGGUAGACACCGCUAGUUUUUCGCAUCUUCUGUUUGGUCGUCUAAGUAUAUCGUGUAUCGGUUAAUUCUUUGUUAGUGAGUGAAAAAUGUAACAUCCAAUGAUCAGGUUUUUUUUUUGGUAACUGUUCAUGGUUUAUACAAUUUUGUAGCCAAUAGCUGUGUAGAGUAGCUGGAAGUUUCGGAAUGUUGCUCGCAAAUAUUGCUGAUGGCAUCUUUGUAAAUCACGCUGAUGACUAGAAAUAAAGAUAUUUGU